GACACCCAUCACAACCAUCACAAAUCUUACAUCAACCUUCCUCACGGCCGACCCACCCACACGGCUGCAUCAAAUCGACGUCGACCGAUACGCCCACAAAUACUUCGCGAUGGUGCGCCACCCCUCCUCCCCGGACCGGCGAUUGUAGUCCAACCCCCUGGCCUCGAGGGUGGUCUCGGCGGCGCGCUCGGGGGUGCGCGCGAAGCCGCGGAACUGGGCGAGGAUCUCGCGGAUGCGGGGCGCGUCGGUCCGGGUGGAGAAGAUGGUCUGCUCGUAGAGGCCGCGGAGCCCCAGCAGCAGGAGGCCGUGGCACGGGUGGUGGGCGUAGAACUGGACCCGGUCGCCCUGGACGAUGCCGGCGAAGGAGACGCGCGGGGCGCGGGCGUCGUGGCGCGGCCACCGCGACAUCAGCAGCGGCCAGUCGGUGCCCUUGAACGCGCUGUGGCCCGCGAUCAGCGUCAGGUGCGUCCCCGUGCUCGCGCUGUGCACCGUCAGCAUCUCGUACCCGCGCGCCUCGCACCCGCCCCCGUGCGCCAGCGAGUCGCGCACCACCGGGUCGUCCCGCUUCACCACGAACCCCUCGUGCACCGGGAAGUACUGCAUCACGAGCGCCUGCCACGAGGACGGCGGGGAGGAGUGUUGCUGUCGGUACGGCCAGUAGCCGUAGUGCGGGGCCCGCGUGAGGCCGUAGCAUUCCAUUUGUGUCGGAUCUGAAGGGCUGGGUUUGGGUUAGGGUUGGUGGUGGUGGUGGUUGUAGCGCAGGGCUAAGUGUAUUGGUGGGA